UGGCGGGGCAGUCGGCGCACUCGCGGCACUCCACAAAAUUGAAUUUGUGUGCGAAAAUCAGAGGCAGAAAGCUCGGACGUCCCGCGACUUUGGCUGGCCUGGUUGAAUUAGAAGAAAAAUAUAUUCACCCUCCACGCCGUCUUCCUGACACCUCCUCAGUCCUCACACCGCAAGGCCAGAGAUCAGUCAAGAUGGCGCCCGCUAACCUCCCCUCCAUCUUCAAUGCCACGAGCACCGAUAUUGAGCAGCUCCUUGCUGCUCAGUGCCACAUCGGCUCCAAGAACCUCGGUGUUCACAUGCAGCCUUACCUCUGGAAGACUCGCGCCGACGGUGUCAACAUCUUGAACGUUGGCAAGACCUGGGAGAAGAUCGUCCUUGCUGCCCGCAUCAUCGCCGCCAUCGACAACCCGGCCGAUAUCUGCGUUAUCUCUGCCCGUCCCUACGGUCAGCGUGCCGUCCUGAAGUUCGCCGCCCACACCGGUGCUCAGGCCAUCGCCGGUCGCUUCACCCCCGGUUCUUUCACCAACUACAUCACCCGCUCUUUCAAGGAGCCCCGCCUCAUCAUCGUCACCGACCCCCGCACUGAUGCCCAGGCCAUCAAGGAGGCUUCCUACGUCAACAUCCCCGUCAUUGCCCUCUGCGAUGCCGACUCGCCCACCGAGUACGUCGAUGUUGCCAUCCCCACCAACAACAAGGGUCGCCACGCCAUCGGCUGCGUCUGGUGGAUGCUUGCCCGUGAGGUCCUCCGCCUCCGCGGUACCAUCUACAACCGCGAGACCCCCUGGGACGUCAUGGUCGAUCUUUACUUCUACCGCGACCCCGAGGCUGAGGCCGAGGAGAAGGUUGAGGAGGAGAAGCUCCCUGGCGUUGAGGAGGAGGGUGUUGCCGCCAUUGAGUCCGGCUUCCCCGCCACUGGUGACUGGGAGGCUGCCCCCGCUGGCUUCCCCGCCACCGGUGAGUGGUCCGAUGCCGCUCCCGGUGCCGCUGCCCCCAACUGGGACGCUACUGCCCCUGCCACCACUGCUGACUGGGCCGCCACCGAGGCCAAGGAGUCCAGCUGGUAAACAGUUGUAAUCGAAAAAACACAUUCGGUUUCUGGGUCAAAAAUGGCGUAAUGGAGGCGUGAUGGAGACUGGACUUGUGGCUUGAACCUCGCCCACCGAUUUCCAACACGAAUUGAUCAUGAAUACCCCCAACAAUGGAAUCUGGCUCUGGCUUCUUGCAAACCGCUUAUCCCCUGGCAAUGGGUCAAACUUGACCGCACUAAUGAGGGAAAGAUACUCGAUCUGGCGCCAUCUACUCUUGUAUAUGCUGUCUGGAAAGAGGGAAUGCCCUGUGGGGUCAAAAGGGGUGGACUUAAUCGUUAUCCCGCCCUUGCCAUGUGGUGCGAUUUGUGAAGUUUGGGGAUCUUGAAACAGAUGAGAUUUGCUCCGAAUGGAUACGUCCUGACCCUACUGUGUGCUUCCCUCUUGUGAUAUGAUGACUUGGCCAUAUUCCAGAUCGUUUGACUGACCCAGAUUAUGUAAUCAUGACCCUACAAGAUUGGCGAAAGUAAACAAAGCAUUCAGGGGCUGUGAUCUUCGAACCGGCAAUGGCUAACGCCUCUGUCUCUGGCAUUUGUGAAGUGUAUAGCCUGACAUUUGAAUACUUUCCACGUACAGAUGUUUGGCCCUGCGAAUCUGCCCCGGGGAGUGACAAUACUGACGGCUAUGGCCGAAAUAUCCAGGCGAAGAAUCCAAGAGAGCUGGCAGGAUGAAUGAAUCAAGGUGAUACUCAAUCAUCCACUUGAGCAACAUCUCGAAUCCACCUACUUUCCACCUUAUGUUCCAUUACUGACAGCGAGAUUUACGGACUAUGGAAGCCUUUCUGAAUAUGUCAACCAAAUGAAUCACUGA